CGCGCGGCGGGGCCGGGAGCAGCCAUGCUGCGCCGGUCGCUCUGGCUCUGCCUCUGCCUCUGCUCCUGCCCGGCCCGCGGCCUACGCAUCCAUGAAUACCUGUAUUUCCAAGUGCUGAGCCCUGGAGACAUCCGCUACAUCUUCACUGCCACUCCAGCCAAGGAUUUUGGUGGUGUGUUUAACACAAGGUACGACCAGAUCCACCUGGUCCCAGCAGAUCCCCCCGAAGCCUGUGGAGAGCUGAACAAUGGUGUCUUCAUCCAGGACCAGAUUGCCUUGGUGGAGAGGGGGGGUUGCUCGUUCCUGUCGAAGACCCGUGUGAUCCAGGAGCACGGCGGGCGGGCGGUGAUUAUCGCCGAUAACGCCUACGACAACGACAGCUUCUACAUCGAGAUGAUCCAGGACAGCACCAGGCGCACAGCCGACAUCCCCGCGCUCUUCCUGCUGGGCAGGGACGGGUACAUGAUCAGACGUUCCCUGGAGCAGCAUGGGCUCCCCUGGGCUGUCAUCUCCAUCCCCGUCAACGUCACCAGCAUUCCCACCUACGAAAUGAUGCAGCCCCCCUGGACCUUCUGGUAGCAGCAGGAGGCUGUGGUGGAUCGAGGACUUCUUGGUGGAUCCCAGGAGCUGGCCUCAGGGAUCGGGUUUGAGAAAGAAGUCCCAGCAUUCUCCAGAGAUCCCACCACCCAGCCUCACCAGAUUCAGCAAUGGAGAGCUUUCUGCUGCCACCCGUGUCUGGCUGAAGACCACCACCCGUGGUGACAACCCAUGGUGAGCCUGGCACCAAGCAACCUUUGUACUGACAUUCUGGGAUGGGGGUGACGGCCCAGAGCAGGCCAAAGCUUCCCUGAGGAACAUCUUAACCACUUGUAAGAUGCCACCAGGAAUCUGUGCUGCUGAUUGAGAGGGAGGCAGGAUAAUGUGGACGUGGUCUGAGAGGGAUGGGAGGGAGAGUGGACACAGGCUUGGGCUGUACUAGCAGGGCUCUCCCACCAGCUGUAUAUAUUUUUGUCUGAGCUAAUGAAGUCUGAACAAAUUUUA